AUGAGUGUGGUGGGUUUUGACUUUGGGAAUGAGAGCUGUGUGGUUGCUGUUGCAAGGCAAAGAGGUAUUGAUGUCGUUCUUAAUGAUGAGUCCAAGCGUGAGACUCCUGCUGUUGUAUGCUUUGGUGACAAGCAGAGAUUCCUUGGAACAGCAGGAUCCGCAUCGAGCAUGAUGAAUCCCAAAAAUACAAUAUCCCAAAUAAAGAGGUUGAUUGGACGCCAGUUUUCAGAUCCUGAGCUGCAGCAGGAUCUUAAGGCCUUACCCUUUUCUGUGACCGAAGGUCCUGAUGGAUAUCCUUUGAUCCAUGCACGUUAUUUGGGAGAAAUGAGGACUUUUACGCCUACCCAGGUAUUGGGAAUGGUUCUAUCUGAUUUGAAGAGUAUUGCCGAAAAGAAUUUGAAAGCAGCAGUUGUAGAUUGCUGCAUUGGGAUACCCGUUUAUUUCACGGACCUUCAGAGAAGAGCUGUCAUAGCUGCUGCAGCAAUAGCUGGUUUGCACCCUCUCAGACUUAUUCACGAGACUACUGCUACCGCUUUAGCUUAUGGUAUUUACAAGACUGACUUACCUGAGAAUGACCCGUUACAUGUUGCUUUUGUUGAUGUGGGGCACGGAAGUAUGCAAGUUUGUAUUGCUGCGCUAAAGAAAGGUCAGCUGAAAAUAUUAGCCCAUUCUUUUGACAGGUCCCUUGGUGGGAGGGAUUUUGAUGAAGUUAUUUUCCAGCACUUUGCUGCAAAGUUCAAGGAGGAAUACAAGAUUGAUGUCUUCCAGAAUGCCAGGGCUUGCCUCAGGCUUCGUGCAGCUUGUGAGAAGUUGAAAAAGGUUCUCAGUGCAAAUCCCGUGGCACCUUUGAACAUUGAGUGCUUGAUGGAUGAGAAGGAUGUUAGGGGUUACAUUAAGAGAGAGGAAUUUGAGCAAAUUAGUGUUCCAAUAUUGGAGCGUGUUAAGAAACCAUUGGAGAAGGCUCUUGCAGAAGCUGGACUUACUGUUGAGAAUAUUCAUACAGUUGAGGUUGUUGGUUCAGGCUCUCGAGUUCCUGCUAUUAUGAAGAUAUUGACUGAGUUUUUUGGGAAGGAGCCCAGACGUACAAUGAAUGCUAGUGAAAGUGUUGCCAAAGGAUGUGCUUUAGAGUGUGCUAUUCUUAGUCCCACAUUUAAAGUGCGCGAGUUUCAGGUCAAUGAGAGCUUCCCAUUCCCCAUUGCCUUGUCAUGGAAAGGCUCUGCUCCUGAUGCACAGAAUGGAGCCAUGGAUAACCAGCAGAUCACCGUUGUGUUCCCCAAGGGUAAUCCGAUACCAAGUAUGAAGGCUCUUACAUUCUACAGAUCUGGUACUUUCACAAUCGACGUUCAAUAUGCUGAUGUUAGCGAAUUGCAGGCACCGUCUAAGAUUAGCACUUACACGAUUGGACCUUUCCAAUCCACGAAUGGUGAAAGGUUGAAACUGAAGGUCAAAAUACGCCUAAAUCUUCAUGGAAUUGUCUCUGUUGAGUCAGCUACUAUUUUGGAAGAGGAAGAGGUGGAAGUGCCAGUUGUAAAAGAGUCAGUGGAGAAACCGACCAAGAUGGAAACAAAUGAGGCUCCUGCUGAUUCUGUGCCACCGAGUGCUACUGAAACCGAUGUAAAUAUGCAAGAUGCUAAAACUGAAGCCCCUGGAGCUGAAAAUGGCGUUCCCGAGUCAGGGGAUAAGCCCGUUCAGAUGGAAACAGACACUAAGGCGGAGGUGCCCAAGAAAAAGGUUAAGAGAACUAGUGUGCCUGUUUCAGAACUUGUGUAUGGAGGAAUGGGAGCUGAAGAGGUGCAGAAGGCAGUGGAGAAGGAAUUCGAGAUGGCUUUGCAGGACCGUAUUAUGGAAGAAACAAAGGACAAAAAGAAUGCUGUGGAAGCUUAUGUUUAUGACAUGCGGAAUAAGCUUACAGACAAAUAUCAAGAGUUUGUAGUGGAUUCAGAGAGAGAACAGUUGAUGGCUAAACUCCAAGAGGUGGAAGAUUGGUUGUAUGAGGAUGGCGAGGAUGAAACCAAAGGUGUCUAUAUUGCUAAGCUGGAGGAACUCAAGAAGCAAGGUGACCCCAUAGAGGAGCGAUACAAGGAGCAUAUGGAGAGGGGACCUGUAAUUGAUCAAUUUAUUUAUUGCAUCAACAGUUACAGAGAGGCUGCAAUGUCGAAUGAUCCAAAAUUUGAUCACAUUGAUAUGGCAGAUAAGCAAAAGGUUUUGAAUGAUUGCGUCGAAGCUGAGGCUUGGCUGAGAGAGAAAAAGCAGCAGCAGGAUGCACUUCCAAAGUUUGCAACGCCAGUUCUUUUGUCUGCUGAUGUCAGGAAAAAAGCUGAAGCUCUUGAUAGGUUUUGCAGGCCAAUAAUGACAAAGCCAAAGCCGGUGAAGCCAGCUACUCCUGAAGCAGCCUCACCAGCACCAUCUGAAGGAGGCGAGUCCCAAUCUCAGGGGGCAGAGAACCCUAACUCUAGCCCUGCCCAGAACACCAAUGAAUCUAGAAAUGAAGCAUCAUCCACGGAGCCCAUGGAAACAGAUAAGUCUCAAGAGUGA